AAAACGUCAAUAAAUAAUGCUUGUCAAAAAGUUGCUGUCAAUGUCAAAGUCAUAAUCUUAUCAGUUGUAAAAAUUGCGUGAUUUCGUGACGAUGGAAUUCCGAUGUGAAAAACAAUAAAAAUGUUUAAUAAAGUGUUGCAACGUGCCCUCAAGUUCCGGCUGAAGAAGAGUUAUCCCACGAAUAUCUAUGAUUUAUCUCGUGGAUCUGCAAUAGCUGUACGUAGACCGUAUAGCGAUGAAGUGCGCCGUGCGCAGGCGCAGAGCGUCGCUGCGCCGGGGCCAACAAUAUUCGACAAAAUAAUUUCUAAGGAAAUCAAAGCGGAUAUUAUUUAUGAAGAUGACUUGUGUUUGGCGUUCAACGAUAUUUCCCCGCAAGCUCCCGUGCACUUCCUUGUGAUACCGAAGCGUAGGAUCCCGCGGUUACAGGACGCAGAGCCAAACGAUAUGGAACUUCUUGGUCACUUAAUGUUGGUGGCUCGGUCCCUGGGCGCAGCGCGGGCUCCCUCCGGCUGGCGCCUCAUCGUCAACAACGGCAGGGACGGGGCUCAGUCCGUCUACCACCUUCAUCUACAUGUCCUAGGGGGUCGCCAGAUGGGAUGGCCCCCAGGGUAAGCAGGUAGAUAGGGAAUCACCACCAGGUUAGGGACACAGGUGCCUAAGAAAUACAGCGUUGUUUUUAGUAUGUGUAUCAUUUAUUCAAGGAAAAUUGACCUUUGUGGCUCCAUUAAUAAAUAAUUUGUAAAAGAAAGAAAAAUUAAGAAUGUUUAA